GCAACUCAGGCACGCCUAGACCAACUCAUGCAGAAAAAGGAGAAAAGUUUUGGUAUACAAAUGCUCUCAGUCCAGCCAGACACCAAACCGAAAGGUUGUGCUGGCUGCAACCGAAAGAUCAAGGACCGGUAUCUUCUAAAGGCCCUGGACAAAUACUGGCAUGAGGACUGCCUGAAGUGUGCCUGCUGCGACUGUCGAUUGGGAGAAGUGGGCUCCACCCUGUACACGAAAGCCAAUCUCAUCCUUUGUCGCAGAGACUAUCUGAGGCUCUUCGGCGUGACGGGAAACUGCGCUGCCUGCAGUAAGCUCAUCCCUGCCUUCGAGAUGGUGAUGCGUGCCAAGGACAAUGUUUACCACCUGGACUGCUUUGCAUGUCAGCUUUGCAAUCAGAGAUUUUGUGUUGGAGACAAAUUUUUCCUCAAGAAUAACAUGAUCCUUUGCCAGACGGACUACGAGGAAGGUUUAAUGAAAGAAGGUUACGCACCCCAGCCCUGAUGUCACGUAGCUUGUUAUCCGAUGCCUCCAGUAGGACACCUCCAAUGGAGCUUUGAUUUCUCAAGCAGGGAGAGCUCCCUUCCUAAUGUGCAUCAUGCAUAGGCUGCCUCUGAUGAAGGACCAGGAACCUCCAGUUCACCAGAAUGCUGGCUGAGUUUAAAAGCUGACCUGUGUUUGUAAUGUCACUUUCAUCUUGCUUAAUAAAUAUCU